AUGACAGACAAAGCAGAUUGUGUUCACUUCUUCGACCUCUUUUCCGAUCAGGAAGGUGCCUCAAAAUCAUGGUCUCACAAUACGCUAAAGACCCGAGCAGUGCUCAACUUCAAGAGCAUCCCCUACACACAGAGCUGGCAUUCCUACCCGGACAUCGCAGCCCUCAUGACCAGUUUAGAUGUUCCACCUCAUAAAGAAGGUAGACCAUACACACUACCAGCGGUCAUGCACAAGUCCUCAAUAACCUCAAGCCCCAGCGGAGCAAUGAUGGACUCGCUCCCAAUCGCCCUUCACCUCGAUAAACUAUAUCCAUAUCCACCACUCUUCCCAUCCGGCGACGCGAGUUAUGCACUAUUCCUCGCUGUAUUCAAGAUAAUGGCACUACUAGAGCCUGGAUUUAGGCCCUUCAUUAUCCCGCGUGUACCAGAUCAUUUGGAUCCGCGCGGCCAAAAGUUUUUUCACGAGACGCGUUCUAAAGCUUUGGGGAAACCGUUAUCAGAGGUUAGGCCUACAGAUAAAGAGAGUAUUGAUAAACUAUGGAAGUUGGUUGAGACUGAAUCUGCGGUUUUGAUUAAGAUGUUGAAAGGAAGGAAGGGGAAAAAGGGUCCCUUUUUUGAGGGUGAGAAUGCCGGGUAUGCGGAUUUGGUUUAUGCUUGUCAACUUGCGUUCAUUCAGCGUUUUGAUAAGGAUUUAUUCGAGAGGUUCAUGGGAUUGGGAGAUGGUGUGAUCAAGAGGUUGUAUGAUGCUUGUUCGCCUUGGUUAGAAGGUCAGGGAGAGGAUAAGGAGUGGCUUGUUUCAAGGACUGCUGAAUCCUGA